GGCGCCGCCAUCUUGGAGCCGUGUCCGAGGAGGGGGCAAAGCGGGGGAAAGAGAGGGAAAAGAGCCGGGAAGAAGCGGGCGAGGACGAGGGCGAGGGCACGGCUGGGUCCCGGCCGCCCCCAGGAGGCUCGCGGAAGCAGCAGUCCGCCGCCCGACCGCAGACCACAGCUGGACAGCGAAGACUGACCCAGGGGACUUAACUAAUUUCAGGAAUUGAUUUGAAACACACCGACUCUGCCACUUAACAACCAUGUAACCUUGGAUAUGGAAGAAAGCAACAGUGUUCCCAUGUUGGUGCCGGAUAUUGGGGAACAGGAAGCUGUGUUAGCUGCCGAAGGAGUCAUCAGUCCUUCAUUAGAAAUUGAUGAGCAAAGAAAAGCCAAAGCAGACCCAUUGAUCCACGUUAUUCAGAAGUUAAGCAAGAUAGUGGAGCAUGACAAGUCACAGAAAUGUCUUCUGAUCGGGAAAAAGCGCUCGCGUCCCAGUGUGACACCUCACUCUGUUGAAACGCCUGAACUUGGCGAGGUUCCAGCUAAAGUGGCCCAGUCCCCUGCUGCUGAGAUUAGGAAGGCUGAGAUGUCAUUCACAAGUUCUCCUGGCUCUCUUGUCACGAAUGAUGGGAAAACUAUGUCCUACCAGUGUAGCCUGUGUAAGUUUCUGUCGUCGUCGUUUUCAGUGUUGAGAGACCAUAUCAAACAGCAUGGUCAGCAGAACGAGGUGAUACUAAUGUGCUCUGAGUGCCACAUUACCUCCAGAAGCCAGGAGGAGCUUGAAGCUCAUGUGGUAAGUGAACAUGAGAACAGUGCCAGCGGCCACGCUCAGUCCCAGCAGGGCAGCAGCCUGCCGGGCUCCUCGGGUCAGAGGGCCACAGAAGGAAAGAGUGAAGCCACGGCGGACAUCGCAGGAAGCGUGGGCAGUCCACAGACUCUUUCCAUCCAGAGUGCGUCUGUGGCAGAGGUGGGCAGGAGGAAGUGGUAUGCGUAUGAACAGUAUGGCAUGUAUCGGUGCUUGUUCUGUAGUUAUACUUGUGGUCAACAGAGAAUGUUGAAAACACAUGCCUGGAAACAUGCAGGGGAGGUCAAUUGCUCCUAUCCAAUCUUUGAAAAUGAAAACGAGCCCCUGGGCUUGCUGGACUCUCCUGUGUCUGCUGCACCUGGCGGGGUCGAUGCUGUAGUCAUUGCUAUUGGAGACAGUGAACUGAGCAUCCACAAUGGGCCAUCGGUGCAAGUUCAGAUCUGCAGCUCGGAGCCUCUCUCCUCAUCUCCUUUAGAACAGAGCACGGAGGAGGGAGUGCACCUAAGCCAGUCAGUUACCCUUGACCCUAAGGAGGAAGAAAUGCUGGAGGUGAUGUCCGAUUCUGAGGAGAAUCUGUUUGCUGAUAGCCUGCUCUCAUCAGCACAGAAAAUCAUUAGCAGCAGCCCAAAUAAAAAAGGUCACGUUAAUGUCAUAGUGGAACGUUUGCCGAGUGCUGAAGAAGCUCUUUCACCAAAACAUUUCCUCAUGAACGCCGAAGUUGAAGAGGGGAAGAGCCUGAACCCAGCCACAGCUCCGACUGGGUGUGGGGGAGCUGGUGACAUCUAUCGUGCUGAUAAAUGUACUGUUGAUAUCGGGGGGUUGAUCAUAGGCUGGAGCAGUGCAGAGAAGGCAGAUGGUGACCUAGGUAAAGGCCUGGCUACUGAUGAGAACGCCCCUCCAGGACGGAGAAGGACUGAUUCCGAGUCUCUCAGGUUGCACUCCUUAGCCGCAGAAGCCCUUGUCACCAUGCCUAUAAGAGCUGCUGAACUAACAAGAGCCAGCCUUGGCCACUAUGGGGACAUAAACCUUUUAGAUCCAGACACUGGACAAAGGCAGGUAAGUGGCCCGUUGGCAGCAUAUUCAAAAAAAAUCAUGUCACCACUUAAAAACUCUUCGGAUGCGUUGGCGAGUUUUAACCAAAGCAGCUCCGCCUUGGUGGCACUACCAGAGGGCAGGCAGGAAUUGUCAGAGGGGCAUGUUAAGACAGGCAUCAGCAUGUCCCUGCUCACCGUAAUAGAAAAACUGAGAGAAAGGACAGACCAAAAUGCCUCAGAUGAUGACAUUUUGAAAGAGCUACAGGACAACGCCCAGUGCCAGCCCGGUAGUGACGCAAGUUUGUUGGGAACCAAUGUGGUGGAGUACAUCCCGGACACCGAGCGGCCCUACCGAUGCCGCCUGUGCCACUACACAAGUGGGAACAAGGGCUACAUCAAACAGCACCUGCGAGUCCAUAGGCAGAGGCAGCCUUACCAGUGUCCCAUCUGUGAGCACAUAGCGGACAACAGCAAAGACUUGGAGAGCCACAUGAUCAACCACUGUAAAACCAGGAUCUACCAGUGUAAGCAGUGCGAAGAGUCUUUCCAUUACAAGAGUCAGCUGAGGAAUCAUGAGCGAGAGCAGCACAGCCUUCCAGACACCAUGGCAGUAGCUUCCAGUGAGCCAAGACUUUCCGGCGAUGCAGCUGAUGGAAAGUGUGUUCAGGAAGGAAACAAGUCUUCAGCCCAGAAACAGUACAGAUGUGACGUAUGCGAGUAUACAAGCACCACAUAUGUUGGCGUCAGAAACCACAGGCGAGUCCAUAGCUCAGAUAAGCCGUAUAGAUGCUCCUUGUGUGGGUACGUGUGCAGCCACCCUCCUUCCUUGAAGUCUCACAUGUGGAAGCAUGCGAGUGACCAAAACUACAACUAUGAGCAAGUAAACAAGGCUAUCAACGAUGCAAUUUCACAGAGUGGCAAAGUUCUGGGGAAAUCGCCUGGAAAAAUGCUGUCAACCAGCAGUAAAGAGAGAGCCGACCCGGUCACUGGAAGUGCAGAAAACUUGGGAUCAUUCUUGGAGCCAAUUUCCCAACCACUCAGUGAAGUUGUAGAUGGCAGCGAGCUGGAGAAACUGAGCCCCACAGGCAGCACCCCCGACAUCUUGGGAAGGAGCUGCGGCCUGACCACCCCUGGCACCGAGUACUGCGUGCUGCUCUUCUGUUGCUGCAUUUGUGGCUUUGAGUCAACCAGCAAAGAAAACCUUCUGGAUCACAUGAAGGAGCAUGAGGGGGAAAUUGUCAGCAUCAUCCUGAAUAAGGACCACAGUACAGCCCUGAAUGCCAACUAGCUGGAGCAUUACUCAGGAUCCCCCCGAAGCACAGCUCAGCCUUAGUGCUGUCAGAUCACUAGCUCGGUAGACCAGAAGGACGAGUGACUUUGGAACCAGGCUUGUAAUGAGAGACUGUCAAGUGGAUGAGCAGUGAUGGUAUUUAAGUAUUUUGAGAGAGAAGUGGAUUGAGGAGGAUGUAGAAAUGUAAUUCUGUACUAAACCUCUUGCCCCUUCUUAGUGUCGAGCAUAAAUAUUAUUAAAAGCUUACUGUAGUUCAAAGUUCGCAAGCAGUGAGUUCAGAAAGGACAUUUCAGGAGCUCUUCCCAGCUUGGAGAGAGUGUCCUAGCAGAGCUGCUUUUUCCUCAGCUGUAGACAGGCUGAGCUCUGGUCAAGAGGGCGGCCCGCCCCAGAGGGUGAUGUUGCUGUCACCAGCAGUCAGCAUGAAGCAGGCAGGGCUCUGAGAGGACCCACUGAAUCUUUCCCCAAGUUGAUAGGAAUGUAUCAUAGACCCAGUGUAGGACACGGUCCUUUACUCCAUCUUACAAGAAAGAAAAGCCAUCUCAAUCAGAUCUAGACUACAAACAUUUAGGAAGUUAAUUGUCUCGAUUUUAUCAUGAAGUCCACAAGACUCAGACCAGAUCUCAAGCUGACUGACUUCUUGAGCAUAAUGCGUCCCUCAGAGGCUCUUUUCAGUGUGGAGAGCCAGACGCCUCUCACAGUGACAUAGAUCCCCCAGUCCUCUCUGGUAAGUGAGGUGCACCUCUUCUCCACAGCCACGUGUCCUCUGACAGUCUCCUAGAGCCACACAGUGUGAAAACCCAGCCUUGGCUGGAUGUGGUCAUGCAUGCCUUUAAUCCCAACACUUGGGAGGCAGAGGCAGGCAGAUCUCUAUGAAGCCAGCCUGGUCUACAUAGCGAGUUCCAGGCCAGCCGGGGCUACAGGGAGACCCUGUCUCAAAAGGCAAAAAAAGAGAGAGAGAAGGGAAAGAAAAAAAGAAAAACCCAGCCUUGGAAAUGACUUGAAAGUCAGGUGCCUCUCAAAUAGUGCAGCUGUUGAGAUUUUUCCUUCUUGAAGUUUAUUUAAAUUUAGCAGAAGAAUAAACCAGUAUGACUAAAAAUACAUUGAAUCUUCAGACUACUUAUAAGAACUUUAAAGAGCAAUAUUUUUGCUGAGCUGGACAUCAGUGUAGCUCUGUGGUAGAGUGUGAUUGAGCGGGCCCCAGUUCAAUGUUCAACACCACAAGGAAACGGUUUCUAGUCAGAAACACCAUUUGGCAGGUGAACAGAAUUUCCAACGAAGUCCAUAUUUUAGUGUGCAAGAGAAUGAGCUAAAAACCAACUAUAAGGACUUUGUACUCAAGCUUGUGUCAGGUGGAUGUAAUCUCACUAGUCACACACCUUGUGCUAGAAUUCUCUCCAAGGGUAAGGAAGACGUGUUACCAUUUUGUAGGCCUGAUCCCUUACGCACAGUUGUUAAAAGUAGAUAAAGUCUGAAGGCGUCUAGCCGUGCACUGCACCAUCCCACAGUGCUCUUCCCUAGUACCUGAGUGUUGGGCUGCUGACUGCUUCCUUUAGACACGAGAAGUGGAAAUGGCUCAUCAGAGUUCCAUGAAUGUUGAUAUGUUUUAUAAACGUUGUUCCCAAAGUCUGGGUCUACAAGAAAUACAUGAAUAUUUUUCAGACAGCAUUAGAACAACACUGUAAGUGGGACGGGCGUGUUGAAACUUUGUCCGACUUGGGCUUUUGGUUUUUUUUCAGUCUCUCAUUUUGAAGAUGCUAUUUAAAGAGAACUAUAACUUUAUAGCUCUUUGAUUUUAGAUAGUUUUAAUUUAUUUUUGAAUGUUAAUCCAUUUCUGAUACAUGGUUUUAACAAGAAUUUAUAUAUACUAAAUUAUAUUCCCCUAAAUCCACUAUAUGUGGGUUUAAAUGAAUUUUUCUCCUGUUUUCAGAAUUAAAACAUUUAUAUUUAAUUUCAUUUUUUUCUUUUCUUUUCUUUUUUUUAAAGAAAAGAUCUCACUAUGUAUCCCUGGUUGGCCUGGAUCUCACUGUGUAGACCAAGUUGGCCUCAGACUUCCCCCAAGUGCUGUGCCACCAGCCCAGCAACUUUCUACUCUGGUCACCUCUCACUUUGCUGUCACAUGCUGAAGGUUGGUUUUUCAUUACUGUUACUGUAAACAGUAACAAUCUGAAAUGAGUUUUCUUUGACUUUAAUUUUAUAUAAUCAUUUGGAAAAUACUAAUGUUCCAAAUCAUCCCCAUCAUUUCAACAGUGUGACUUUUCAAAUUACCUUUCUCGGUCUCUCUGCUUCCAUUUGGUUGGUACUUAAAUUUCCCAUUGGAAUCAUGAUUUAAAUUUUCCCCACCCCAUGGGGAAAACUUAACCCUGAAAUUCAAAGCCUUUCAGCUCUGUGCUGGCUUGAGAGUUACUAGGAAAGUCUCUCCUGGCCUCAGGAGGAACUGAGUACCCAGGACGCCCCGUAUUUCCUCAUCAUUUUGCAGUAAGCCUUAAACAGUCUCCACUAAGAAGAGAGUUUCCUACAAGUAGAGAUGAAGCGGAAGUCUGUGGUUGUAGUCAUGGGGGAGAUAACUUACAGCCAGUGGGCAGCCCUUCACAAAACAUUCACAAGCUGCCCAUGACUCUGUCAGGUGGGGCUCCUGCUACUGUCUUCUCCUCCUAGAACUUGCAGUUCUAAGAUCGGAUGGCUGAUAGUUUUCAGAGACAUUUGUUGAACUUGGUAAAGGUGAAAGGGAGAUGGUAUAUUGUAAUCCUUAUAAAUACUAUAUUUUUUUAGGGCUUUAUCAUUUUUGUCCUUUGUGCUAGCUGUGGGGAAUCUGGCAGGCUUCCUCAGUGGCCCACCAGCUGCGUGCCGAUGCUGCUGAAGCCUUUGUCUAGACCUUUCAGUUCUGUCCCAGGUUACCAGUUGUUGGCUUUCUCACAAAACAAAACCGUGCACAUCAUGUUUACAUGGCAUUUCCCGCAGUGUGCUUGGCUUGACAGACAAGCUGACUUCUCUAGGAGACUUGCGUUUUAUGUUUUCAUAAAGACUUAAUCUUUUUUUUUUUUAAUUGUACAGCAAGGUGCUCUAAGUAAUAUUCUAUAAAUAUAUUUAAUGGAAAUUUGAGUUUGAUAUUCAUGGACAUCAAUGUGGUUUUUUUUUCUUUUCAAGGAGUAAGUAUUGUGUAACACUAUGGCAUUGCUUCUCUAGCCAAAGCAUAGACCCUUCUGGAACACUGACUGAUGUGUAAAGACAACGGUUGAUUCUGCUGCCGUGUGUUACUCUAACCUUUAAAAUACCUUUACAAACCAUCUAAUGGGAUGGUUUGCAUUUGGUAAAGUUAUCCUGCACAUCCAGCUGCAUGCCUUAAAGCCAAAACUCUAGAGUUGUGUUCAUGGUAGAACAGCUCAUCUAUUCAGAACAGGGAAGCAAGCUCUCUAGCACUUCCUUAACUACCUUUGGAAAUACUGUACAAUGUUGGAAUAAUUUAUUUUGCUUUACAGGAGUUUGUCAUGUAUUGACUUUAAUAUUGUAUUUUGGUAAUAAAUUUUUUUGUUAAAAACAUUUGCUUCUAAGUUUUAUUAACAGCACAUGCCCAU